GCUGCCUGUCACACCAUGCCUGAGCAGGCCCUGGUCACCGUGCGGUACGGCCCGUACACUACCGGCUCCGGUCUGCUGGGUCACAGCACUUACCGGCUGCAGGGGCUUCUGGCUGUAUUGACAUCAGAUGGACACCAAGUUGUUUUGGAGGAAAUAUUGGAUCGUAACUCAGUGCAACUUAUUGUCAAUGGAGAAAAUAUAUUCCAGUGUAACAUUAAAGAUCUGGACUUCGGAGGUGACGGACUGCUUGAUCCAGUUUGUGAAGCAGCAAGAAAAGCUGUAUUAAAUGCUUACUAAUGAACAGUCUGCAAAUGAAUUAAAGUCGUGUCAUCCCUAAUAUAAACUCAUAAAAAUCCUAUUUUGUUUGUAAGAAAAUGCUUCAGAAAUGGCUGUAAAAUUCCUCAAUUAAUCUCA